CUCAAAGGUUCGCGCUUUGUGCCGUGCUUGGGUCCCGUCGAGGCGUGAAGAGCAGGAGCGUCGACUCGCACUGGGCCCACCGCCCCCUGCGGGUCGGGGCGCUGCGCGCGCUCACGCGCGAGAGCGGGCGCGCUUGGGGCCCGAGGGCGAGGCCGCCGCCCGAGGCGAUCUGCGGCGAGUGGGCCUUCGUCGCCUCGAGGCCCUGCGCCGCAGUGUGGCCAGCAGAUCGAGACGCGCAACAGCCAGACAGGCAGGGCCUACAGCAAGUGGGGCGUCUUCGCGUCGGCCAAGUCUGGCAAUCUGGUGCGCUUAGGAGCCCCCUUCGAGACCGAGGAGGGCGCACGUCUCUCGUUCGCGGUUGACGGCAUAGGUGUUGAGGAGGACGGCUCCGUGGCGCUGGGCGGCGCGGCGGUCGAUGCAGCCCACCUCCUGCACGGCCCUGGAGCCCUGAGCAUGGGGGACCUGGCGGAGUGCAUGAAGAGGCUGGCGGAGGUCGAGAUCCCGCUGCAGGCGCAGAAGCGCCUGGCGGACGCGUGCGGGUCGCUGGCGCAGGCCCCCGCCGUGACCCGGUGGCUGCAGGCCGUGCUGCGGGAGGACGGCAUGGUGGACACCUUCGCGGAGCUGCACCCCCGCGCCGAGGAGAGGUUCACGUGUUGGGACCAGUACAAGAACAGACGGUACGAGAACAUCGGAGCCCGCAUUCGAGAGCUUGAACGCCCGCAGAGCAGAUUCUCGCAUAACUUCAUCAUGGUAUGGGCAGGACCUCGAAGCGCCUCGAAUCAAGAACGCAUGUUGAGUGUCAUGGCUGAAGUGUUCAAGCAGGCAGAUCCGACAACACGUGCGGGUGAAGUUCGAAAAGUGCGUGUAGCGUUGGAUUCUACUGGCGCUUGAGGUUCCCGGGCCGCUCCGACUCGACACGAUACGCUGCCGCGUCGAGGUCGCCUCGGCCCUGUCAGAUCGUUCGGCAGCGAGCCCGAUGGCCAGAUCUGGGGAGAGCACUGCGGCUUCGGCGCCCCUGGGGUCCUUCGUGUUCUGCGGGCGAUCGGGCUCCCGGCACGUCGACUACGUCCUCGUCGACCGCGCCUUCUUCGAGAGGCAGCUCCUUUCCUCCCCCCACCCCGCUGUGUCCUCUCCGC